AUGUCCUCCAUCGCCGCCCGCUCCGCCUUCCGCGCUGCCCCGCGCCUCCGCGCCGCCGCCCCUGCCCGCCGCUGGGCCAGCACCGCCGCCUCUGACGCGGGCCACGCCGAGAGGCAGGCCGGCAAGGACGCCCUCAAGACCGGCGCGAAGCGCGACCCCGAGCUCUAUGUGCUCUUGGCCAUCAUGAGCGGUGUCUUCGGCCUCGCAGGCUGGCACUUCUCCCGCUCGCCUACCAGCGCCUCCUCCGAGCGCGCCGUUUCCAAGGCCGAGCACAGCGAGCCGUGGAAGUCUGGCGGCUCCAGCCCAUACCAGUACCACCCCGGCGGUGACACCAGCGUGAAGAAGGACGCUCCCUCGGCCCUGAACGUGGUCGUAAUUCCCAACGUGACUCUCCCCAAGGAGCUCCACGACACAUACAACAAGUGGGGCAAGGACGGUUACUAA